GAGAGAGAGGAAAAAACGGCUCUCAGCAAAGCAACAAGAAGGAAGAGCAAUGGCGACACUGGAUCGCCAAAUACCAAGUCCGGAUACCUUCCUCUGCGAGCCUUGGUCUUCCUUCGUCAGUGCCGCUAAAUUACGUUUUGUUGACAGCUCGUCUUUGGAUAACAGCGACAAAGAGCUUUACUGUCUGGGUGAAGCCGUGAGGCUUAGCAAACAAGAGAUGCUCGUCUACAGCCAGUUUCCAGCACGGGAGGAUUUUUGUCUUGUUGUCUGCCAUGUCUGCAAUCAGGUGGUCACCCCUCAGGGCAUCCUCACACACUAUGAGAAGCGCCACAGCUCCCCCGCCCCCUCCAGGAGCCCCCUGGUCCCCAUGAAGCCCAAGGCACCUGCAGUGGCCCCUGCUGUGGCUCCCAGUCCAGGGGACACACUGGCCUUCAGGGUCCCUAAAGACUACCCUCACUCCCGCUUCAGCAAGGCUCCUCUUGCUGUCUAUCCACCAAAGGGAGCACGGAACAAGACGUGCGUAUCCCUUCCAGUCGUAAGCCUGGAGAAAAUGCCUUGCCUCAGCCGGCCCGACUCUGCAUCACACGUGCGCCUCACCUCUUCCUCCCCCUCUCCCUCCUCACUCAAACCUCCGUCCCACACUCCUCCUAGCUCCCAACGGUCCAGUGAGAAGCUGGUGAACGGUCGCGGCACCAGCGGACCGUCUACGCCGCGCUCCACCACCUCUCCAUCGUCUUUGGACAGGCGGCCCAGUCCGGCACGCUCUCCGCUGGACAGACGGCUACCGUCUACACCUUCUCCUUCCCCACUGGACCGGAAACCCUCCCUGUCACCUUCCCCUUCUCACCGAUCUGGCGCUCUGCCGUCGUUGUCGCAGAUGGAGAAGAAGCAUCAAAACGGGACUAAGACUUCCUCCAGGUCGCAAAAAAGACUCUCAGGAAGAGUGUUUGAUCCUAACAAGCACUGUGGAGUCCAGGAUCCAGAGACUAAGCGACCCUGCACACGGUCUCUCACCUGCAAGACUCACUCCUUAACCCACCGCCGAGCUGUCUCUGGCCGAAGGAAACAUUUCGAUAUCCUCCUGGCCGAACAUAAGGGGCGGGCGAAGGCGAAUGAGGGAGCGAAGGAGAAAGACAGGGAGGGAUCGCAUGGAGGGAAGGAAGGCAGCAGCCAGAGUAUCACGUCACAAGAGACAGCAAGUCCCAGCAAGCCUCACUGCCCAAACGGACGACCUCUGUCCACGCUGAAGCUACGGCUGGCAAAUGCACACAUACCCAGGGUUCCAGGCUCCUCCACCUCCACCUCCACCCCUGUGCCCCCAGCACCCGCCCCGGCCCCGGCCCCUCACCUAGAGUUGUCUCCCCACAGCUGGGUGUCGGCAGCAGGAGAUGGCGGUCGACUCUCCAGCGACGAGGGAGACGCCGAGACACCAGAGGACACUGACAGACCUGCCUUUCACUACUCUAAUCGCCACCCACAGCCUUUAGGGUUUUGCGUCUUCAGCAGCAGGCUUAUGGGACGGGGCCACUACGUGUUCGACAGGCGGUGGGACAGGAUGAGGCUGGCGCUCCAGAACAUGGUGGAGAAACACCUUAACGCACAGAUGUGGAGGAAGGUGCCUCUGGCUGCAGAGAGCCUCCUCUCCCUCUCCUCCUCUGGUACCUCCCCUGUCACUUCACAGCAGACUCCCUCUCCUAUAUCCGUCACCUCUCCUCUCCUCUCCUCCCCCUCCAACUCCCUCUCUUACACCGCCACAUUUCCUCAGUCUGCAUCCAUGGCAGGGGUGUUCAGCAUUCGAGACGCUCCGCAGCCCGUCGCCCCAGUUUCCGCACUGGGUAAAGCCCGUAACGGCACGCAUAAAGCCAGCCGCCCAUCCAAAGACACGGAGGACUCUGUAGUAGGAUCUAAGAGGAGAAAAAACUCUUCCCACUCCUCCUCCUCAUCCUUUUCUCCUCCUUCCUUGUUUCCAACUGUGGAUAAUCACAAGAAGAACGGCAGCAGCCACCAUCCAACGUUACAAGGUUCAGGGGGGGCGGCAGUGACAGCAGCCAAGAAAAAGGGACUUGGGCGCGGGGGAAGUGGGCUUUGGAGUGGCGGGGAGGACUGGCUAUCCAGAGCAGACGGGUCUCAAAGCCACAACUCACAGAACAGUCGCGAACUUGGCACCACUAUACCCUACACACCCAACAGGGAGCCUGCCUCUGCCCCCCAUCAGCCCCUGGCGUCCCCUUCCGGACCCUUGGCUUAUGGGGGAGGAGCAGAGGGGAGGAAGAGGAGGAGUCCCAGCUCUUACAGAGGGAAGGCCAGCAAGCUGAGCAGGCCGGGCGGGUUGGAGAGUCUCUUUGGGAACGGAAGCGACAGUGUGGGGAUACUGGCUUUGGGGCCUGAGUCCCCAAGACAGGCCAAGUUGCAUCACUGACAGAAACCUGUUUCAUGGACAGAAUGUUGGGCAGCUGUGCAGGCCACUGCCGUUUGUGACCUUUGACCUCACCACUCUUCCACUGACAGCACCAAUCAGACUGCUUCACUCUGGGCGAUGUCACCCCCUAUUUAUCCAAUGACAGUUCAGUUCACCGGCUGUGACACUGGGGGCUCUGGCAGUCACUUCCACUCUCCACCCUCUAAUUAUGGAUCACUUUUCACAGGAAGCUGCCGUGCGCACACUGUGGCCGCGGCCUUUUCAGAACAAAACAGUGGAAUUUAAAAACUCAUCCUCUGAAAAGGGAAAUUGCCUCACAAAGUUCCAAGGCAUUGUUAAUAAAACCACCACUGUACAAUUUUUGGGGAGACACUUUUUUGAAAAUAAUCAGUUUAUUUUUUUCCGUUGACCUUUUUCCUGGUCUCUGUGUCAAGUCAGCUGACAAGGAAAGCGGUCUGCAAUUGUUUUUGGGAGUUGGAUGGUUGAAGGACCUACUGACACGACUACUGUAGGAUUCAGCCUUCAUGUACGCCACCUCAACUCAACUUUUCUCUUCCUUUAUUUGAGCUUUUCCUCAAAGAUAGAAGAAACAGCAGCUUUAGUUUGGUUUUAUCCACCUCUCUUUCAGCCUCUUUAUUUUUCUGCAUCCUUCUUUACUGUUUUCUUAUGUCAAACAACCUUGUCAACAUCUCUGCAAUUCUCUUUUUUCCUUCAUCCCCGUUGCUCCCUGUCCAUCCCAGCACGCCUGUGUUCAAAGUGCACUUACUGCCCUUGCUUACUUCUUCGCUUACUCCAGAGCAGUCUCCAGCAGUGCCACACAAGGACCUGUUCGCACAAGGGAAGAAAAAAAAAACAAAAACAUCUGCAUUACCAACGAUGCCGCGUCAAUGCAUUGCAUUUCAGUAUAGGAAGAUUUUAUUUGAAGAUUGUUUUUUUUUUGUUUUGUUAUGGUUUUAAAUGUUGCAAGAAACACAAACUCCUGUCUGUGUGUCAGGACUUGCAUCCAAAAAGGAAUGAUUACUAUGGUGUUGGUUUUCCUUUUUUUUUUUUUUUUUUUUGUAUAAUAAUUUAUCGUUCUGAAAUGAUUCUCUAACUGACCCUCGAGGUUUGAGCUACACAGACUUUUUGAGCAAAAAAAAUAAUUUCUAUGGCAUUUUGAAGAAAUGUUGAAAGUAUUAUGAUAGUUCAUAUUGUUGAUAAUGUGUACAUAUCUGUUAUUAUUUUUGUAUUUAUUAAUAAUUGUCCCCUUUUACUAAAUAUGAGCUAAACAGAAUAUUUUUGCCCUCCUGUAGGCCCGUGUUUAAUGAUGUUGAGAAGGUUGGCCUGGUUUCUCAAAAUCAUCAAGAUAUGUUGAUUAGCAUUUUUUUUUUUAAAAUUGAUACCAAUUAAUAACUCAAACACAGCUGAAUAUGACCUUAGGCUGCAGCUGUUGUGCAUGUUAUUUCCAUAGGGCAAUUCUGCCAGAUAACAACAAUCUAUGAAUUGAUUCAGGCAUGUUGUAAUAACUAAGUGUGGGUUAUUACAUUGUCUGACAUCUUAGCUCAGGCUACAGUCACAUAACUCUAUUUCAGAGCUUUUGCCAAAUCCCACAUGCUUUGUGCCAAUUCCACAAAGUUUCUUAUCGUACACAGUAUUUACUUGUAAUUAUAGUGUGUUUGCUUUUUGCAGUUAGUAUAAAAGAUAUCAACAUAUUUAACGGUUUCCUACAAACAGGAAAUUAAACAUCUGGACUGACAGACUUUAGAAAGCUCCCACCACUUAAACUUCACAAAGAGAAAGAUUUUCCAAAGAUAAAAUAACAAGUUUUACAGCAAUGAGCUGUAUUUAUUUUUAUUAUUUACCGGUUUAGUCUCAAUAUGUAGUUUUUAAAUUAGGACAUAACUACAGCCUUCAGCAGUAGAUGGAGUUCACUCGGUUGCCACUUGGAUGGCUCAGGUGUCAUCACAUAAAGAGGGGGUUUUAGUAAGUGGACCAUGAGUUAAGACCUUUUUUUUUUUCAUUAUUUAAAAGGUUAAUAAUGAACCCUCUCGCUCUAUUAUGUUGUAUUUUGAUGCGUUUUUCGCACCCUUUCAAAUUUGAGGAUGAUGGUACAAAAGAUCAGUUGACAGCCAUGUUUCUACAACAGUAGUUCUUCACAUAUCUAACAGGGCUGCACAAUAUGAGGAAAAAACGUGACAUCAAAUCAAAUUAUACUCUAUUUGUAGAGCACCUUUCAUACAGUUAUGCAGCCCAAAGUGCUUUACAGAGCAAGAUUAAAACAGCACAGAAGAGAAAUGGGUAAAAAAUGACAAAGCGUUGUAUCAUAAAUAUGAAAUCUUUAAAAUAAAUAAAAGUCAAAGAACCAAUAAAAGUGAGAUAAAAUAGUACAAAAGACCAAAGAUAAGGAAUCAAAACAGAGGCAACGGGUGUGAAGGCACCAGGCUAAAAAAAUAUAAGUUUUUUAAAAAAAACCUCAGAAUAAUAAUAAGUCGUAGGCAGUAAGUUGUAGUAACAAUAUAGAUUGUUGCGAUAACAAUUUCUUGCGAUAAACAAAUACAAAAGUUUACUCAGUUUUGCCUUUCUGCAGUUAUUCCACUAAAAUACAACAAAUUGUUUGGUGAAUUAAAAAAAAUGAAAGGAAAUCAUUUCCAAUAUUCUUUUAUUGAAUUGAACACAAAAG